UUCAAUAUGUUGAGUACGUACACUACUGAUUAUCUGCAUGCUGUUUCGUCGCUUGAUAUUAAUACAAUGCGCCAACCGCUUCGAGCUCAUCAAAUCUAUUCGCAAAAGAUGUGAUGAGUUUGAUUUGUGACUCUCGAUUUCAAUUGAUUUGUUCCGUUCAGACUCGCUCGUGGCACAGCCAAUCUGGCAUCCGAUUGGUUACAUCGUGUUCGUAUUGCGAUCCAGAAUCUAGCUGAGCCUGGGCUCUCCUUCCCUCCCCACUCAGCUCUUCUUCCACAGACGACUUCAUUGUUAAAUCUGACUACCAGAACCCUCAUCAUGUUUGUUGAUCCUACUAACAGAUUGCGGUACAUUGAAGCCUGGGAUGAUGAUGGAAUGAUACGAAUGCGGAGUGGUCUCAUAUUCCACGACGACUAUGAAAAUUGGUUGUCAUUGAAGGGAAAUCAUAAUAUUGAGCUCUCUACCGGAAAUUCACUAUCAGCUGAAGAUAUGGCUUUGCGCUUGGUCACCCGUCAUCAUCCGGGGUAUCCUUAUUCUAUCGGACACUGUAGAGCAUUGAUCGAUCGUUUGAGUGAAAGUUUCAACCUCCACAGGAGUACAGAAGAGGCAUUCAUAAACAACAACGGUGUUUUCGUGAAAUAUACCUCGAAAGACAACGAGCAGGCUGACGUGAAUCACUUUGCCCUGGUUUUGAAGAUCCCGGUCUGGGUAAAGGGUUGUCAGGCACUUUCAGUAUCUUAUUGUCCCAAAACUGGGUCUGUGAGAGCAUUCAUCAACUGGCUGACGGAUAAGGAUCACGCAUUAUUGCUUGAGCACCUCCGCUCACUGCCACACAAAACAGCACUCAGACAUCCUCUCCUUCUUCCGACAUAUAUCUUACAGCUUCAUCGAACAAUCAUGGAACCGUAUCGUUAUGAAGUUGAUCAAUCCAUUCUCAGGAUUGAAAAUCGUAUCGGCUAUGCUGUUCCUGGUCUACUGUAUUAUAAGCCUGUAACAGAUCAAUUACUCGCAAACUCAGCAGAAGGACACGGCCUUCAAGACAUCGUGCGUCGGCUCCAUGCGUGCAAUACAGAACUCGGUGGUAUCGCCAUGGAAGCAACAUUCGGAAAGGAAUAUGGUGUGUUCCUGAAGAAGACUCUGUUAAAGCUGAAUGAAUGGCACAUGCUACCAGAAGAAGACAACUGGUGGAAAGCUUCGGAAUACUUGCGUCACGACAUCGACUUUACAACCAAUCUCUUCUUCACAGUAGAAUCCCAGGUUUCAAUCCUAAAAGACAGGGUUUUAAGUCACAUUAACUUGACCUUCAGCAUCAUUGCUCAAGAAGAGAACAAGCUUAGUCGAGCAGUAGCUGAAAAUAGCAAGAGAUACAGUGCUGCUAUGAAGACGGUAGCUCUAGUAACCUUGCUCUUUCUACCACCCACUUUCGUUGCAACCUUGUUUAGUAUGUCAAUGUUCGAUUGGAACGGUGAGAAACCUAUAGCAGAAACUCUGUCUUCCUAUUUCUGGAUUUACUGGGCUAUUGCUGCUCCUCUAACGUUUGCUGUGUGGUUCAUUUGGCAUAUUUGGUGGAAAAUGGAAGAAAAGAAGCACAUGAAAGAACUGCGAGCAUCGGCAUGAGCACC